AUGGAUAUCAAACAACAAAAAGAAUUUUUAGUAAAAGCAUAUCACGAAUGUCUAUAUCAAGAAAAAUCAUUACGUAGGCCCAUAUUUUAUUACAAGGACAAAAUAAUUGAAAUUAGGAGAAAACUUGAACCAACUGAAGAAGAUUUUGAGAAAGAAAUAAGAUUAGAAAGAGAUUUAAGAAAAUAUGAAAGAAAAAUUAGAAGAGAUUACGAGACUCUAAUGGACAUAAAAGAGAGUAUAAUUAAAAGAAUAAUUAAUAUAAAAACAGAGUUAAAAACCAAAAAGAAAUAUCAAAAUAAUUUAAAAGAAAUAUGUGAACUACAAAAAUAUGGUUAUAUAAUAGAUGAUAGAGAAUUAAAUCAUAGAUUUACAGAAUUUUGGAAUUGGAUAACUUUAGAAACUACAGCAUAUGAUUUAUUCAAUCAAGUUGAGACAUUAAGAAUAUUUAGAGAUAUAUUAUAUUUAGGAGAGAAAAUUAGAGUAAAUAGGAAUAAAAUUAGAGAAUUACAAAAGAGCAUAAAAUUUCACAAAAAGGACACUUAUUAUCACCAACCAUGGAAGAGUGAUUACCUCACAAAUGCUAUAGAAACCCAAUUACUAACAACUAAUGGAUUUAAAGGAGAAAUUGUGAUAGAAAACCCAAAUUUGAAAGAAGAAAAUGACGAAUAUAAUAUAAUAAUUGAAAUAUUACAAGAAAGAGGAAUACAAAUAGAGAAAGAAGACUUGAUGAGAAUAAUAUUCACAUUAGGAUACAACCCAGCACAAAUAUAUUUAAAAGGGUUUAUAGAGACUUAUAUUGAAAAUGAAGGAGAAAGUAAUGACGUGUUAAAAACAAUAUUGGAUAGAUGGAUAAGUGAACACCAAAUUGAGGAGUCACAUGAUGAAUUUUCAUCUGAUGAAGAUGAAAAUGUUAUAAAAACCUCACUAAAUCCCUCAAGUUCUGAAGAAUCAGAAAAUUCAAGUAAUAAUACAACAGAAAAUAAUAGUACACAUAAUACAAGAACAAAUACCCCAACUUCAGGAAAUUCAACUAGAAGUAAUAGUCCACCACUAAUAAUGGCAGCUACUAGGAAUGAAAUAAGAGAAAAUAUUAGAACUAAUCCCAAAAUGAGUUAUAUUAUCAAGAUAAUGAAUAUUACCCAGCAGAAAGGACAACUAGGAGUCAAGUAA